AUGUACUACAUCAGCUUUGCACAAUACUUAAGCUGCAAAGGAGAAAAAGCAGCCUUCAGCUGUGAGUUGUGUACAUGCACCUCGCUCAAGGUAUCAAGUCUGAACCGCCACAGGAAAAUCCAUUCUAAAGGAAAACGUCACGUGUGUCCCAUCUGCCUCAAGGCCUUUCGAACAGCUGCUCUCCUGCAGAACCACGUGAAUGUGCAUGCAGGGACCAGGCCCUGUAAACGCAGUGACUGUGAUAUGGCAUUUGUGACCAGCAGAGAGCCACGGCACAGGUGUUACAAGCAUACCUUUGAAAAACCUUUCAAGUGUUCAAUGUGUAAAUAUUCAAGUGCAGAAGCAAGUAAACUGCAGUGACACAUUUGCUCACAUACAGGAGAGCGUCCUCAUGCAUGUUACCUGUGCAGCUAUGCUGGCAAAGAUGCAUAUAAACUGAAAAGACACUUGGCAAUUUUAAUAGGUGAAAAACCACACGAAUGUUACAUUUGCUACACCAAAUUUGCUCAGAGUGGUAACAUGAAAACACACAUAAUAAGGAAGCAUGGAGAAGAUGUGCCAAAAUACCAGUGUCCACACUGCAGUGCCUAUAUUGCACAGAAAAGAGAUUUGGGCUACAAAACAAUCAUGAAACAUUGA